AUGGAAAACACUCCAUGUCUUCGUGUAUCGCAGUGUUGUGCACAGCAUUUCAGGUCAUAUUUACAGUCUCGCCACAUUUUAGACACACGGUUGCGCUUGUUUAAAGACACAGAGGAGACACUUUUGCUGCCCAUACAACAGACUGGGAUUCCACAGCUGGACAUUCAACAUCUGAGGUCCACAGUGGCAUCUGGCACUAUCUGUGAAAUAGUCUGGCGCCAGAAUUUUAAAAAGAAGAAAAAACAAACAACUAUCAAUAAACUAGAGGUAGCUUUAAAGAGGCUGCUGGAGUCCACAGGAGAGGAGUGGACAGAGGAGCUGAGGGCAGACCUCCCCCAUGGCUUUGAGAGACAUGGUGACCUUAUUCUACUUUCAGGCAAUAGUUUCUCUCAAUCCAUAUGGAGGAAAUUUGGUUGCUCAUUAUGGAGAACCGUGGCAGAAGUGUUAGGAGGCGAGCGACUAGUGAGAAAAAGAUUUAUAUCCAGGGAUGGAUUCAGAUCUCCUCAAGUGACAAUGCUGCAUGGAGAACACGGCUGGGUGACACAUGUUGAUAAUGGCAUCAGGUUGGAUUUUGACGUCACCAAAUGCAUGUUUUCCUCAGGGAACAUCACAGAAAAACUUAGAGUUGCCACAUUUAAUUGUAAAGGAGAGAUAGUUGUGGAUUUGUAUGCAGGAAUUGGAUAUUUUGUACUGCCCUAUUUGAUUCAUGCAGGAGCUGCUCAUGUCCAUGCGUGUGAGUGGAACCCAGAUGCAGCUGAGGCUUUAUGUAAAAACCUUAAUUUGAACAAUGUCUCUGAGCGCUGCACAGUCCAUCAAGGGGAUAAUAGGCAUCUCCAGUUGAGUGAUGUGGCAGACAGAGUAAACCUAGGCCUCAUACCCAGCUCUGAGGACGGCUGGCCUGUUGCCUGUCGACUGCUGAAGAGAUCCACCGGAGGCAUUUUACACAUUCAUCACAAUGUUACUUCUCCAAUGUCCAAUCAUGCGUCUUCUCUGCAAGUCAGAGAGGAGUCUGACAAGAGCAGAGACAGAAGAGCGUGGCAAGUUUGGGCUAAAGACACAGCGGAACACUUUAGAAGAUUGCUAGAGGACAUUACAGAGACAGGAUGGACUACACAUGUCCAACACAUAGAGCACGUGAAGUCGUAUGCUCCACACAUCAAUCAUAUCGUGUUGGACUUAGAGUGCAGACCAGGACUCACGACACAAGACUCUGGGAUAAAGUGA